AUGCCAAUGGCAGCUCCUCUCCCGGUUUCCCUCCUCCUCAUCGUCGUCGCCGCCGGCGCCGCGUCUGCAGGCUCGGCGGCCACUAUAUUCCCCAGAGAAGCCCUGCCUACCAAGUCUGGCUACCUCCCGAUCCGCGUGGCCAACGCAUCUCUGUACUACGCCUUCUACGAGGCCACAGACCCGGUGACCCCACCAGCGUCCACGCCGCUGCUCGUCUGGCUCGAGGGCGGCCCCGGCUUAUCCUCGUUCGCCAGCAACUUCUUCCAGAUCGGCCCCUACGUCUUCUCCUUGUCCGGCGACUCCAACACCUCCUCCUCCGCGUUCCCCUUGUCGCCCAACCCCUACGCGUGGAACCGCCGCUUCGGGCUCCUCUUCCUCGAGAGCCCGCUCGGCACGGGCUACAGCCCAGCGCCGUCCCCCUCCGCCAUCCCCACGUCCCAGCCCGUCGUCGCGGAGCACGUCCUCGCCGCCCUCCAGUCCUUCCUCUCCGCACAGCCGGAUGGCAGCACCUUACGCGCCCGCCCGCUCUUCCUCACCGGCGAGAGCUACGCCGGCAAGACCAUCCCCACGGCCGGCGCGCUCAUCCUGGCCACCAACCCCACGCUUCCCGAGCAGGAGCGGAUCAACCUGCGCGGUGUGGCCAUCGGCAACGGCUUCGUGCACCCCGUGGCGCAGGUGACCACGCACGCCGACGUCCUCUACUUCAUGGGCCUCAUCGGGGCGAACCAGAGGCGCGAGGCCGCAGCCAUGCAGGCGGAGGCGGCGGCGCUGGCCGUCGCGGAGCGGUGGGACGAGGCGACGGACGCGUGGUACCGCGUGCUGUCGUGGCUGCGCAACGCCACGGGGCUCGCGUCGCUGUUCGACGUGGCGGUGGACACGUCGUCGCUGGAGGCCCUGCUCGCCCGCGCGGCCGAGUUCAUGAACGACGCCGAGGUGAGGGCGGCGCUGGGCGUCCGUGGCGACGCGCCGUCGGAGCUCGUCAGCCCCGCGGUCGAGGCGGCGCUGCACGACGACGUGAUGAAGAGCGCCAAGCGGGGCGUGGAGGCGCUGCUGCGGGGGCCGGCGGCGCCGUCGUCCACGCGUGUGCUCCUCUACGAGGGAAUCCGUGACGCGCAGGUCGGGGUGGUGUCCGUGGAGGCGUGGCUGCGGGAGCUGCACUGGGACGGGCUCGCCGCGUUCCAGGACGCCCCCCGCGCCGUGUGGCGGCGAGGAGGAAGCGGCGCCAAACAGGAAGGGAGCAGGCUCGCUGGGUACGUGCAGAAGCAUGGCGCCCUCGUGCACGUCGCCGUGUACGCGGCCGGGCACAUGGUGCCGGCGGAGCAGGGGCGUGCGGCGCAGGAGAUGAUCGAGGACUGGGUGUUCAACAAGGGCCUGUUCAGCGGCGACGGCGUGGCGGCGUAA